AUGCAGGAGUUGUUGCCUAGGCAAACACCAGGAGAUCGACCAGAGUUGGUUGCGCGUGUUUUCGAGAUGAAGAAGACUGAACUCCUGGAGUAUAUUGUCAAUAAUGGUAUCUUCGGGAGGACUAUCGCACACGUCUACACAAUAGAGUUUCAGAAGUGUGGCCUUCCUCACAUGCAGCUCCUUAUCUUUCCCGAACAGUCAUACAAGCUCCGUUCUCCCCCAGAUAUUGACUUCCUGAUCUGGGUGAGGUGGCCUGACCCAGAGACACAGCCUCUACUCUUCGACACUGUCAUGCAGUGCAUGUUGCAUGGACCAUGUGAUGAGUGGUGCCUCGAGAAUGGGAAGUGCAAGAAGAAUUUCCCGAAAGCAUUCCAGUCUCAGACAGUGAUGGACCAAGAUGGCUAUCCACAGUACUACAGGCCUGAUGAUGGACGAGCAUAUGAUGUUCGCAGAACCAUGGUUGACAACCAUUACAUCAUGCCCUACAACCCUCAGUUAAGUGCCGAAUUUGACUGCCACAUUAAUGUUGAGUGUGCAGUCUCCUUCGCAUCCGUCAAAUACAUCUGCAAGUACAUGCACAAGGGCUGCAACCAUGCCACUCUCAAAGUGAACAAGCAUGAUGAGAUCAAACGCUAUCUGGAUUCACGCUACAUCUCGACCACGGAGUCCUUCCAUCGGAUAUUCCAUUUCUUGCUCCAUCAUCAGGAACCCAAUGUCGUAGCUCUGACAGUGCAUCUACCGGGACAACAUUUGGUUGCAUUCCAUCCUGAUGAAGAUCCGACAACUGUGAUGGAACGUGCUGCAAGUGAGAGGACCAUGCUCACCGAGUUCUUUCGGGUCAAUGCACAUCCUGUUCUCUCCAUUGAGGCUCGCAAAUACACUUAUCAGGAAUUUCCCCAAUAUUUUGUGUGGAAAGACGACAAGUUUUGGGCUGUACGACAGAGAGGUUGGGCUUUAGGACGCAUGGUGUUUGCUGCUCCAAACUCAGAUGCCUCUGCUAUGCAGACUGGAAUGUGGCUUCACCAUCUGUUUGUCACAAUCCUACUCUUUUGUCAGCCUACACGCCCUGAAGCUCUAUGGCAGGAAUUUCGAGUGCACAUCUGUGAUGAUCUGGCACACCGCCUCCGGACAAUGGGAUGUGAAAAUCCUGAGGAUGAGGAUGUCUAUGAUUUCGGUCUGUAUCUGCUCGAAAAAAUCCUCUGCAAGUACGGGAGCUCCCUCUCUAAAUUUCCUCCUAUGCCCCUCUCUCAGAAUGACUGGGAUAUGCAAGUUGAGAACACAUAUAUUGCCGAGCAGCUGAACUACAACUGUGAUGAACAGCAUGCCUGCGCUCUGGCCCGUAUACCUCAGCUUAACGUCGAGCAGCUGGCAGCUUACGAACACAUCAUGCACUCAGUUGAGCAACAGACUGGAGGCCUCUUCUUUCUGAAUGGACCCAGGGAUACUGGAAAGACUUUUGUCUACAAUAUGGUCUGCAACAAGGUUCGCAGUGAAGGCUGGAUUGUUCUAUGUGUAGCAUCCUCAGGGAUCGCAUCUCUGCUCCUCAAAGGCGGCCGAACGGCACAUUCCAUGUUUAAGAUACCAGUCGGGAAUCUUCACGCACAGUCCACUUGCAACAUACCAAAAGAGUCCGCAUUGGCCGGCUUGCUGCAUGUGACACGAUUGAUUAUCUGGGACGAGAUAACAAUGCAACAUCGAAAUGCACCUGAAGCCAUUGACCACACACUCCGAGAUAUCCGAGAUGACCACCGAUCCUUUGGUGGAAUCACUGUUGUCUUCGGAGGGGAUUUUCAGCAGAUUCUUCCAGUUGUUGUCAAAGGGUCUCAGGAGCAGGUGGUGGCAGCAUCACUGCAACGGUCGCGGCUGUGGAGGAAGAUCGAGAUACUGCAUUUAAUGCGCAAUAUGCGCCUCGAGAAUGAUGCAGACGCUGCCGAGUUCGCUCACUGGCUGCUGGAUGUGGGUCAUGGCCGAGGACUAACGAACAAAGCCACACUGAACAUACCUGAAAGCAUGGUCUCCUGCAGCCUCUCAUCCCUCAUUGAUGACAUCUACCCUGACAUAGGCUCAACACUCGCCCUGCCACCAGAGUAUUUCCUGAAUCGUACCAUUCUUGCAGCUCGGAAUGCCGAUGUUGACAGCAUCAAUGCAGAAGUACUACAUCGGAUGUCAGGCCAGGAAAGGGUUUACAUGAGCGUCGACACAGUCCUGCAUCAGGAAAAAAUGCCUUGA